GGGCGCCGCCCCCUCGGCCCCGCCCGGCCCGGCCCCGGCGCUUGGCGCUGGCCGCGCUCCCCGCCACCUCCCCGCCACCUCCCCGCGCUGCCCGCGCUCCGCUGUCUCGCGCUCCUGAUCGCUCCUGCUCCUCCCGGCCGCCCGGCGCCGCGGCCACGCGAGGUUGUAAAAAUCCAUGUGGGACCGCGCCGGGGCGAGCAUCGCUAAGAUCUCUGAGUGGAGUCAUUUCCUGGUACAGACUAUACCAAGAAUGUGGUGAAAACUCUAGUCAGUGAAGGAAACAUUGGCUUAAGUCCUCACCUUGCCUAGCAUUUCUUCUCUUCAGUAGCACCACAUCACAGAAGAAAAAUGUACGGGAGCGCAAGAACAAUCAGCAAUCUGGAAGGCAGCCCUUCCAGAUCACCGCGUUUGCCAAGGUCUCCUCGUUUGGGCCACCGAAGAACAAGCAGUGGAGGAGGGGGAGGGACAGGCAAGACUCUGUCUAUGGAGAAUAUCCAGUCCCUUAAUGCGGCCUAUGCUACAUCUGGACCCAUGUACUUAAGUGACCAUGAAGGAGUAGCAUCAACAACUUACCCAAAGGGCACGAUGACUCUGGGCAGGGCCACAAAUCGUGCUGUGUAUGGAGGCCGGGUCACAGCCAUGGGGAGUAGUCCCAAUAUUGCUUCUGCUGGACUUUCCCACACGGAUGUCCUUUCAUAUACAGAUCAACAUGGAGGGCUGAGCGGCUCAUCUCACCACCACCACCAGGUGCCCUCCAUGUUGAGGCAGGUAAGAGACAGCACAAUGUUGGAUCUUCAAGCCCAGCUCAAAGAACUGCAGAGAGAGAAUGACCUCCUACGCAAGGAGCUUGACAUUAAGGACAGCAAACUGGGGUCAUCCAUGAAUAGCAUCAAGACUUUCUGGAGUCCCGAGCUUAAGAAGGAGAGAGUCUUGAGGAAAGAGGAGGCAGCUCGCAUGUCUGUCCUUAAGGAGCAGAUGAGGGUUUCUCAUGAAGAAAACCAGUUACUGGACGCCAGAAGAACCAAGCACCUGCAGUUGACGAUCCAGGCCCUUCAGGAUGAGCUGCGAACCCAGAGAGACCUCAAUCACCUCCUGCAGCAAGAGAGUGGCAACCGGGGAGCUGAGCACUUCACCAUUGAGCUGACGGAGGAGAACUUCCGCAGGCUCCAAGCUGAGCAUGACAGACAGGCCAAGGAGCUGUUCCUUCUGCGGAAGACAUUGGAAGAAAUGGAGCUGAGAAUUGAAACCCAGAAACAGACUCUCAAUGCCCGAGACGAGUCUAUUAAAAAGCUCCUGGAGAUGCUGCAGAGUAAGGGCUUGCCAUCUAAGAGCCUUGAGGAUGACAAUGAGCGCACGCGGCGGAUGGCAGAGGCUGAGUCUCAGGUCAGCCACUUGGAAGUGAUUUUAGAUCAGAAGGAGAAGGAAAACAUCCACCUGAGAGAGGAAUUGCACCGAAGAAGCCAACUUCAGCCGGAACCAGCCAAGACGAAGGCUCUCCAGACUGUCAUCGAAAUGAAGGACACGAAAAUUGCUUCAUUGGAGCGGAACAUCCGGGACCUUGAGGAUGAGAUCCAGAUGUUGAAAGCCAAUGGUGUGCUCAACACAGAGGACCGGGAGGAGGAGAUCAAACAAAUCGAGGUGUACAAAAGCCACUCCAAGUUUAUGAAGACCAAGAUUGAUCAGCUGAAACAGGAACUUUCCAAGAAGGAGUCAGAACUUCUUGCCUUACAAACAAAGCUUGAAACCCUUAGCAAUCAAAAUUCAGAUUGCAAGCAACACAUUGAAGUGCUUAAAGAGUCACUUACUGCCAAAGAACAGAGGGCUGCCAUCCUUCAGACUGAGGUAGAUGCACUGAGAUUACGUCUGGAAGAGAAAGAAACUUUUCUCAAUAAGAAAACAAAACAGCUCCAAGACCUCACCGAAGAGAAGGGGACCCUAGCUGGAGAGAUCCGUGAUAUGAAAGAUAUGUUAGAAGUAAAGGAAAGAAAAAUCAAUGUUCUUCAGAAAAAAAUCGAAAACUUGCAAGAACAACUUAGGGAUAAGGACAAACAACUGACCAACCUGAAAGACAGAGUGAAGUCCCUCCAAACUGACUCCAGCAACACUGACACUGCUCUGGCCACACUGGAGGAGGCCUUGUCAGAAAAGGAGAGAAUAAUAGAGCGCUUGAAAGAGCAGAGGGAGAGAGAUGACCGGGAGAGACUGGAAGAGAUAGAAUCCUUUCGAAAGGAGAACAAAGACCUCAAAGAGAAGGUCAAUGCUUUACAGGCUGAGCUGACAGAGAAAGAGUCUAGUUUAAUCGACCUCAAAGAACAUGCAUCUUCGUUAGCUUCUGCAGGACUGAAGAGGGACUCCAAACUGAAGUCUCUAGAAAUAGCCAUCGAACAAAAGAAGGAGGAAUGCAACAAACUGGAGGCACAGUUAAAAAAGCAAGCCGAACAGUUGUUCAAUCAGAUGUACAAUCCAGCGCAUAAUAUUGAAGACGACUCCAGGAUGAACCCCGAGUUUGCAGACCGACUGAAGCAGCUGGACAAGGAAGCAUCUUACUACCGUGAUGAAUGUGGCAAGGCUCAAGCUGAAGUGGACAGGCUGCUGGAGAUCCUCAAGGAGGUGGAGAACGAGAAAAACGACAAAGACAAGAAGAUAGCGGAACUGGAGAGCUUGACUCUCAGGCAUAUGAAAGAUCAGAACAAGAAGGUGGCCAACCUCAAGCACAACCAACAGCUGGAGAAGAAGAAGAAUGCCCAGUUAUUAGAAGAAGUGCGCCGACGAGAAGAUAGCCUGGUUGACAACUCACAGCAUUUGCAGAUUGAGGAGCUGAUGAAUGCCUUGGAGAAGACCAGGCAGGAACUGGAUGCCACCAAAGCACGCCUUGCCUCUACCCAGCAAUCUCUGGCUGAAAAAGAAGCACACCUGGCCAACCUCCGUAUUGAGAGGAGGAAACAGCUAGAGGAGAUCUUGGAGAUGAAACAGGAAGCGCUUCUCGCGGCCAUCAGUGAAAAGGACGCUAACAUUGCCUUGCUGGAGUUAUCUGCCUCCAAAAAGAAAAAGACCCAGGAAGAAGUCAUGGCUCUGAAGAGGGAGAAAGACCGACUGGUGCAUCAGUUAAAGCAGCAGACUCAGAACAGAAUGAAGCUGAUGGCAGACAACUAUGAUGAAGACCACCACCAUUACCACCACCACCAUCAUCACCACCACCACCGGUCUCCUGGGAGGUCACAACAUUCCAAUCACAGGCCCUCUCCGGACCAGGAUGACGAGGAGGGCAUAUGGGCAUAGCCGGGCCUGUAAACCAAAGUUCCAGUUUUGUUUUGAGGGCUGUCAGAAGGGUUGGCUAAAAGGAUAGCUCAGCACUGCAGCAAUAUCCUGAUAAUCUAUUGCAGCCUGACUCUCUUCAGUGUCCACCAGCAGCCGCAGCAGCAGGUCCGAAAAGAAGGGGAGUUUUCGCCUUCACUUUCCUGCUCGAUUCUGUUCUCCUCGAUUGUCCGGCUUUGGGUGUAAGGGAAAGACAGAGUAUGAAGAAGGAGAAAAAUGACAGCCCCUUCCUUUCCUACCGAGGAUUUGGACCUUUACGAAGUGAGCAUCUCUGAGGAAAGCUGCGUAAUGAGCGUUGUAUUCCUGUUGCUUCGUCUCUUGGAUACAUGGGCACUGCAUGGGAUUCAGAGUGUGGAUUCAGCUUCGUUUGGACAGCUAGCUCUGUCUCCCAUUGUCCUGCGGGUCAGUCUAAGUGGUCCUAACACAUUAGGUUACCAGACAAUCUAAGCUCGCAGUGAACAAGUGCUGCUGGUGGUGUUUGUAUACCACGGUGCAUGGAGUGUUUGACAAAGAAAACAAAAGACCAAAAAUCGAGAGCCUUCACCCUCCUCCGUUUCUUUAAUCUGUGGGUUAAGGAGCCACAUUGAAUGGUAUUAUCAGUAGUUACCUCUGGGCCAGGUUGGAAAUGAAAUCAAUUUUUUUAAACCACUAAUAACUUGCCAAGAAAUCGCCUUAUGAGAACAUGGUGUGUGUCUCUGACAGUGCAUGGCACAUCUAAAUUGGUCAUUCAUAAUUUUAUUUGUCCUGCUCAUGUACCAGAGAAUGACAAAAGCCUGAGGCACCUGCAUAUCCACUCCACAUGCUCCUUGAACCCUUCGGCUGGGACAUGACCUAGCCUCAGGCUCUUCUCCUUCUCAUACAUGCAGGUCUCCAUGCCGAAGCUGAGGUUCAUUCAUGUUUCAAGAGCCAAAUGCCGUGCAAGCAGUGUGAGCCUGGGUCUUUUGUAAAUGAAGGGUCAUUUCUCAUUCUUUUUUUGUUUUUGUUUUUGUUUUGUUUUGUUUUUGGUUUUUUUUGUUGUUUUAAGAAAAUGUCUCCAACAUGAAUUUCAAAGCAUUUUCAGCAUCAGACAUGAAAACAUUGAUGAAUGAAGAAUAAUCACAAAAGCUGUAUGUCUGUAAAUAGCAUUAUACAACCUGUGUGGAUACAGAGUCCUUAUCUUAGAGCACAUGCCAGGGGAAGAGACCUCACUCCAAGGUCUUUUGCAUACAGUGACAAGGUACUAAGGAGAAUUCAACUCCUGCUGCUUCCUCUGAAGAUUAAAAAGUAUUAGUCCUUACAACUUCGUAAAAAACACAACUGAGCCUGGUAAAUGUGCAGCUCUUGUACUGACCCAUUUUCUUGUCAAUGGGAGAAACCCUCCCACCCACCUGCAUUCCUAAAGGACAAACAAUGAAUUUAAGCAUGAGUGGCCUUAAUAAAUACCAUUGUCUUUCUUUGCUGCUGUGGAAAGGGUUCUAAGCAGAAGUUGCUGAAAUCUUGCAUUGACUCUAAUCAUUAUUACUUUCCAAAAUGUUGGUGCAAUUAACUCUGGACCUCUCUCAUGAGCCAUAGAGAUAUUUAAAAGACAAACCCCUUAUUUGCUGGGGAAAGGAAACUGUCCCUGGGCUGCACCCUUUAUUCCUGGUGCACCGGGGGUAAUGCAUUCAAGUCGGUUUCUUGCUUUGGACUUCAUUCUUGUCAGUAAAUAGUGACCUGUGUAAAGCUUAUGUUUACAUAAAUGAUCCAAAUACAUUCAUGUUUAAAAAGUUUGUCCUUUAACUAUAAAAAGGAUUUUGGUCUUUGUUACAGAAGGGAGCAGACUUCUUUGCAAGUUUAUUUAGUACAAUUUGGCAGAGGGUUGCAGUGAAAACCCAAGCCACAGACCAGUCCCUUGGUAAGGUGUGGAUGUGGUCAGAGAAGUCCUCACAUCCUCCAGCCACCAGGUCCUGGCCUGAACUCUGCAACUAAAUACUUGAAAUUGGUAGUAGGGGAACCAGUAUGCUAAGCAGGGUCGGUGAAAUAGCAGCAAACUGAUCAGCUCUGUGUAGUUAGCUGUCUUUACACUCGUGCCAAUUUUGACACAGCUGAUGUUUGGGGAUCAUUUCUUCUCCCCACUUUUGUGGGUUGAAAGUAUUACCGAUCUUACUUUCAUGCAAGCAUAGCACUCCGUCCCUGCAAAAUCAAAUUCUAUCUAGGACAGCGUCUUUCCCCAUUUUGUGUAACAUUCUCCGAUAAUUGCGGGGUCACAACAAAAACAUCCCUUUCCACGCAUUGAAAAUAGUGUCUGGGUUUACAACAAACACUGUGUUGUUCAGCAGAUAUUUCCUUUGUGAAACCUUUAGCAGGUUCCCUUCUAAUCAUAGUGUAGUUGAAAUUAAACAAACAAACAAACAAACAAACAAAAAGUUUGGGCUAACAAUUUAGGAGAAGUUGGUCUAAGUCUUACCUUGUGCAAAAGCAGGCUUGUAUUUAUACCCUAUUUGAUUUCUAUAUACAGUCUCAAUUUUGUAUUUAAUGAUUUUUGUGUAUUAAGUAUGCACGUUCACAGCGUGUCAACUUUCAUUUGGAAGUGGGUUUUGUUUUUUAAACAGUGUUUAUGAUGAGCCCUUAAGCGUAUUGACAUAAGCUCUCGCUGCACUGUCUUUGUGUAGAGCGCUGUUUGAAUGCUGCCAAGGGUCCGUGUAUCUAAUUCCCCGAGACCCUUGUUUGAUAGUGCUUCUUGUAAUAUUUCUUCAAGUGAGUGGCAUGUGGGUUGUGAUAUUGAUCCAUGUGAUUAUGGACAUCGAUAUGAAAAAAAAUUAAAAAAAUAAAAAUAAAUAAAUAAAAUUAAGGAACCCUCGAAACUACCAACGGGCAUGUAUCAGCCAGUCAUUGUAACCUCGUGUCUAGUAGAAAUAACCAUGUACAAGAUAUGUACAGCUCAUAACUUUGUUAUUGUGUGUAUGAGGAGUACUUUGUGCCGAUUGUCUUAUUUAUAUUCAUCAAAUAAACCUUGUUUCUUUCCGAAGUGA